AUGGACUCCCUCUGCAACGAUAACUCUUUUGGCCCGAUUGUUCGACCAAGUUGUCGGGGCGGCUUUGAUUUUACAUUGCUCUUUGAAAAUGCCAUUCUCACCAUCUUGCCAUGCAGUCUGAUCAUUGUUCUGGGCCUGGGACGCCUUUUCAAUCUGCGGAACAGUCCCCGGAAAGUGGGGAACCAGGCCUCCUUUGCGUACAAGGCAGUAGCCAUUUGUUUGCUUGCCCUUUUCCAACUAACACUCCUCAUCGUCUGGGUAUACCAACGUCUACAUGGAGACCGAGUGACGAUUCCUGCCGCGACAGUCGAACUGGUGGCAACUAUUGUCCUGGCCUUGCUCUCUCAUGCCGAGCAUCUCAAAAAUGUGCGCCCUUCAACUAUUCUCACGCUAUACUUGCCGCUCGUCGUGACGCUGGACAUCGCGCGGGAUCGUACGCUAUGGUUAAUGCAUCUACAUUUGCCCAUCGCCGUACUUUUCACAGUAUGUCUUGCCUUGAAAGUGGCGUGGGUGGUCUUGGAAGCACGGGAGAAGCGCAACAUCAUUCUGGACAAGUACAGCGACAUCAACAGCGAAGAAUCAGCAGGUAUUCUCAAACGAUCAUUCUUCGGGUGGUUACUACCAUAUAUAAUUCAUGGGGCAAAAAGAGAAAUCGCUGUCGAGGACCUGGUUGAAUUGGACGGAAACCUACGGUCGCGGUAUCUUCACGAAGCAUUCCAGCGCGAGUGGCAUCGCGGUAAAUCUCCAGCUCUAGUUGAUCCCCGCAAGCCGAACCAGCUAGCUUUGAGUUUGUUGAAAAUAUUCAAAUGGAGACUAUUGGCAGGAGUCCUUCCUCGGAUUGGACUCCUCGUCUUUACAAUCUUCCAGCCUAUAGUAAUUCAAAAGCUCAUCGACUACGUCAGUGCAACCCACCUGCCGAUGGGAGAUGCUACUGGGGUGGGGUUGAUCGGAGCUGUGUUACUGGUAUAUGGAGGGACUGCUCUCUGUACCGGUGUUUAUUAUCACACCAUGUACAGAUUGGUAGUCAUGAUUCGAGGGGCCCUAAUUUCAGCCAUUUACGAGGGAGCCCUAGCUUCCCACGGAUCGAAUGAGAAUGCAUCCUCGACAUUGACCUUAAUCAGCGCUGACUGCGACACAAUUGUACUUGGUCUGGUUGACUUUCACGAGGUCUGGGCCUCGUUUGCGCAGAUUGGAGUAAUCAUGUGGUUGCUGGCUCGGCAGGUACAGUGGGGAGCGGCCGCCCCGUUAGUUUUGUCACUCGCUUGUGUUUUCGCCAGUGUAUUGCUCUUUGGGCGACUGAGCCUAUACCAGAAAGAUUGGAAUGCAGCCAUACAAGUACGACUCGCCGCUACCGCUGAUAUGCUGGGACAAAUGCGUGAAGUCAAGUUCCUAGGACUGAGUGGCUUCUUUACUGCGUUCAUCCAAGGCCUUCGUAUCAAAGAGCUGUGCAUCUCUCACAAGCUGCGUACCUUACUAGUGUGCAUCACUGUAAUUGCACUUACGCCCAUGACUUUGGCACCUGUGAUUACCUUCAUCAUAUUUGUCGCUCCAAAGAGCACAGGGUCUCUCGUUCCAUCAACAGCCUUCUCCUCGUUGACUAUGUUGAGUCUUCUUUCACAGCCCAUUAAUCUCCUCGUGCAGACUGCACCUGGAAUUGCCGGUGCACUUGGGUGUUUAGAUCGAAUUCAAAUCUUCCUUGCGGUGACCCGAAAGAAGACCAAUGACCCGAGCGACUCAACGCAAAUAGGAUCCUUCUCAGAUAAAAGUGAACUUCAGCCAAUGAAGACUCUGAAUGUCAACACCGCACCUUUGAAGGAGUACGUCCUUCACAUGAGCAACUCCAAUUUAGGUUGGAAAAAAGACAGCUUUGUGGUCCGAGAUUUGUGCAUCUCUGUUUCACCAGGGCAAUCUGUCGCAAUCACUGGCCCUGUCGCUGGUGGGAAAACCACCAUACUCAAAGGUAUUCUGGGGGAGACUAUAUCAGCACAGGGAUUAAUUGACUGUCACGGAAGCUCGAUUGCGUACUGUGAUCAAGUCCCCUGGCUUAUGAAUGCCACUAUCAGGCAGAAUAUAGCUGGUGAUCACGUUUCUGGCCUCCAAAGAUAUAAGAAGGUGAUCAAAGCUUGCCAACUGGAGGAAGAUUUCAUGAAUUUGCCAGAUGGUGAGCAAACUCUAGUUGGAAGCAAUGGCAUGAAGCUCAGUCAUGGUCAAAAGCAACGCAUCUCUCUAGCUCGGACCCUUAUGAAGAGAGUUGAUCUUGCCUUGAUUGACGAUGUUCUCUCCGGCCUCGAUAAACGCACGAAAACCAAUGUUUUCCACCGUGUCUUCGGUCCACAUGGUUUGCUUAAAGAGGAUGGUUCCUCGUGUCUAUUAGUAACUCAUGACCAGACAUUUCUUUCCUCUUUUGAUAAAGUGGUGGCUUUGAACUCCGAUGGCACCAUUGAUCAUCAAGGCCCCAUCGAGAACCACCAAUCCAAUGAACAAUGCUCAGGCACGAGCAAAGAGCCGUCUUCCAAUUUCAGGGAUGUAUCAGACAUCCAAAUUCAACCCAACCAACAAAUCGUCUCGACUCCAAGCCAGGACAGGCAGAAUGGUAGUGAUUGGACUUUGUACAAGUAUUACGCCAAUGUGUGCGGCAAUUGGAACAGCCUUAUGUACUUGGCAAUUACGGUGGUACUGGCCUUUGCGUACAAUUUCUCAUCCCUUUGGCUUGAUUGGUGGUCUAGCGCAGAUUCAGGAACAAAAGAGUCAACCACAGUCAAGUACUUGACGGUUUACUCGAUUCUUGGAGCCACUACCUUGGGCCUUAUAGCCGUGGCCAGCUGGCAACUUAUCGUGCGUAUGGUGUCCAAGUCUGCUCUUCAGCUUCAUCUCCUUGUUCUCCAGCAAACGAUGCGUGCACCGGUCUCGUUUUUUGCUUCAACAGAUACAGGUGUCAUGAUGAAUCGAUUCAGUGAAGACAUGCAACUCUUCGACAUGGGUCUUCCCAUGGCUGCGUUGAACACUACGAUCUUUUUUAACAUUUCCGUCAUACAACUGAUCAUUGUCUGCGCUUCCACUCGCUGGAUGGCGACUAUGAUACCAUUUUGCAUUGGAGCCCUCUAUCUACUACAGUCUCUAUACCUUCGCACAUCUCGUCAGGUUCGAAUUAUAGAUAUUGAGCUGCGAGCGCCUCUUUAUACCCAAUUUUUGGAGACAUUGAGUGGCCUUGUCACAAUCCGAUGUUUCAAAUGGCAGGAGGCAUUUAGUGCUCAUCAUGAAGGACUCCUCGACACCUCUCAACGUGCAUUCUACAUGCUCUACACAAUUCAAAGAUGGUUGAAUCUUGUGCUAGAUCUAUUGGUCAUGGGUCUUGCGGUUAUGCUGGCAGUCUUCGCUGUUGCAUUGCAUGGCAAGAUGUCUCCCGGCUCUGUUGGUCUAGCGAUCACAAAUAUCACAACUUUCAACUAUAAUUUGGUCAGCGUGAUACAGGCCUGGACGAAAGUAGAAAUGUCGCUUGGGGCCUUGGUUCGAACGCGUGAGUUCCUGAAAAACACUCCUGCCGAGCCAGGAGUCGAUACCGUGGCAGAUCUACCUCCUAGGUGGCCCGAAAGGGGCGAGAUUGCGAUUGAAAACCUCGUUGCUUCCCAUGGUGCCGACUCCCCGAUCACCAUUAAAAACGUCUCUUUGACUAUUAAAUCCGGCCAAAAGGUCGGGAUUUGUGGACGAACCGGAAGUGGGAAGAGUUCUUUGGUCUUCUCUCUCUGCAGGGGCAUGCAUUCCCACAGUGGGCGUAUUCUGAUCGACGGCAUUGAUCUCGCAACUGUACCCCCGGAGGAGAUUCGUUCACGCAUCAGUACCAUCACCCAGGAUCCUUUGCUCAUUAAGGGAACUGUUCGUUUCAAUCUCAACCUUUCUAGAUCUCACACCGAUGCUGCACUACUAUCCGCCUGUGAAAUGGUAGGGCUGGGAGAAUUUAUCCAGGCGCACGGUGGCAUAGAUACUGAUCUCAGCACGCUCGCUCUUUCUCCCGGUCAGAAACAACUGUUCUGUCUAGCUCGCCUUCUGUUGAAUCCUGCUCAAAUCAUUAUUCUUGACGAGAUUACUAGCAAUGUUGACAACGAAACUGAUCUCAAAAUGCGCGAAAUUAUCGACAAAAAUUUUCAGAGACAAACCAUUAUUUCCAUAGCUCAUAGGCUAGAUUCAAUCUUGAGCUAUGACAAGAUUGCUGUUCUGGACAAAGGCAAGUUGCUCGAAUUUGACAGCCCCGAUGUCUUGCUCUCCCAAAAAUCACACUUUGCCGAUCUAUUGCAUCAUUCCAGCCGCCCAACCGAUCAACAGUACCUGGACUACCAGUAUUAUUCUCCACAUUUCUCCAGCUCGUCAGAUCCACUCUCAUCUCCACUCAAAACAAUGGCUCCACAGGUAUUUUAUUUUGAUAAGAUCCGGUCUGCAAGUUUCGAAGAUGAAGACUACCGACUCGAACUCUUCGUCUACUGGACAAAAGCGAAAAGCAAGAGAUUGGCAAUGAAAGACGACAAUCUAAGACUCAAUGCCCCGUUUUGCGUCCGAGUGUUUCAAAGACCCAAGUCAAACCGGCUCUUUGCGCCAACCGGCUGGGUUAAUCGCACGACCUUUUGGGUUACAGUUUAUGAACGAAGUGUGAAAUCACUAACCCCGUCUCCAAUGGUAUCUACGAGCUCCAAUAUUAAAGUUCCCGAUCAACAUGGCUACGGAGAGGCUUCUUCGUCGACAGCAAUCAACGAACCGACCAACAUCACAGGGGAACUGUACACUUCGAAAAAUCCAUCAGCGCAAAACAAUCACACAGAAAGCCUAGUUGGUAAAGAUACCAAGUAUGAUUUGGAGAAUAUUGCUUCGUUAGCAAACAUGCCUGCGGGCCAAUAUGUCCUUGGCUUGAUUAACUGGGCGAGAAAUACGAUGCCAUUGACCGAAGUCUCGCUUGCUACCGAAGCCGAGAUUCUCAAAAUGCAUUUGUUUCAUGAUCUACGCAAGUUGACCCAGUCUGUUGAACAAAAUAUCGCCUUCUGGAUGCUGUUAGGCACAGCAUAUCCAGUUGCGAAGUUCUUGAUGAGCUGCAGCCCUUCCAACGCAUAUACCAAAGAUGACAGAGCGAAGAUACUCCAAGCUACUGCAGCCGCUAUCAAUGCGGUGUAUAUCCUCGCCAAUAAUCAGUAUGAGGCCCAAGAUAGCAACCGUCCUGACUAUAUCGACGUUUUCCAAGAGAUUUGUCGACAACAUCCGGAUGAUGAGUAUCUGACUUCACUAGUGAAAUGUGCCAUUGAGCAACUGCCAGAGGCUCCUGAAGCAGAACAGGAUGAGCAGAGCAAGGCUGGACUGGCUGAGAGAAAGGCUGGACUGGCUGAGAGAAAGGCAUAUCCACCAGUCAACGAAGAUGACACGUAUGAUCACUGUGAUUUGUCUGUUUCAGACUGUGAAGUCUAA